CAGCCCCCAAAGUGUGGGAUGCGCCUGAAGGGUCAUUGACGACGCCGGGAAAGGCGGGGGGGGGCUGGCUCGCUUGACCCUCCUCCUCCUCCUCCCCCUGGGAGAAAGGCAGGCUCGCCGGGACAGAGCCCAGAGGCUUCGGAGGCGAUGGUGACUACAGAGAGCUCCGAGGGCGGAGGAGCGAGAAAGAUGCUGAAGCCCCUGGUGGAGAAGCGCCGGCGUGACCGUAUCAAUAGGAGCCUGGAGGAAUUGCGCCUGCUCCUUCUGCAAAGAACCCAAUGCCAGACUCUGAAGAAUCCCAAGGUGGAGAAGGCAGAGAUCUUGGAGAUUGCCGUAGGACACCUGCAGGAGAUGAACUCUGCUAAACCCCAGGGAGCUGACCUUUCUGAAGACGGGACUCUCCAGACAUGUUACAUGAUAGGAUUUCGGGAAUGCCUGCUAGGCCUGGCAGCCUUCAUCCAACAAGCCCACCCUUCGGUCCAGAGCCACCUGUUGGAUACCUUGCAUCUCUACCUCGCCUCCAAGCCGGAACCUCAGAACCAAGACUGGAGUCUGGCCAUCUUCUCUCCUAGCUCUUCCUCGGAGGAAUCGCCUCCAAGGACACCCGAGGGCUUCUGCUCGCCCGAGAAGAAGUUGAACGGACCGUUACAGAGUCCGGACCCCCCAUGUUCCAGCACGGGACAACUUGGAAGCCAACAGAGACACAGCCACAAGAGUGCUACCUUGACCAAAAGAAUUUUGCCCCCGCCGCCAGCUUUUUGGCGGCCUUGGCCCUAAAGUGUGGAGUCUCCUGCCCUCACCUCUGCCCAAACAUUUCUGUACAUAAUGAAACCGUCGUGAUGAGAUCACACUGGCAGGUGACUUUGCAAUAUAUAGUAUCACAGAUGUAACCCGAUCACAUAAAUGUAGCACUCUCCUCUGAGAAAGCUAAAUGAUUUCUUAGGGACUAGUAGCUUGGGCCUUCACCUAGUGACUCAACAGUAUCUACACACCUAGCACAGUGGGCGGGGUUGUGUGGGGGUUUUUUGUUUGAGGUCAGGUUAACCCCAAAAGAUCCAAAAGCAAAAAGGUGGUUUGCAGACUGGUGCUUUGGACUCCUGAGAGGACUUUGGAGGUAAGUAAAGGGUUGUUUGGAAGCAGGAUCACCAGUUCAUUUUCUGAGUGAGACACGUUUGCCUCUGUUCAGCUGUUGAGGGGCAGGGAGAAAUCCAGGGCAUGCAACUUCUCCCACCACUGAUGCUCUGCAAUGGGAAAAGCUGGACUCACUGGAGCUGCGAAAGCUCUGGAAACUGUUUUAAGGAAUCACAGAAUCAUAGUAGAGUUGGAAGGGGCCUCUAAGGCCAUCAAGUCAAACCCCUUGUUCAAUGCAGGAAUCCAAAUCAAAGCAUUCCCGAAGAUGGCUGUCCAGCUGCCUCUUGAAUGCCUCCAGUGUUGGAGAGGCGCUUGCAAGUUGCAACCUGCAGGGUAAGGGCCCAAAGGAGCAUAUCAACUGCUUUGCUUAACCGUCAGCAUCCUGGUAAGCUAGAGGUGUUCACUUUUUUUGUCUUGUGUAGGCAACAUGCCUUUUGCCGAAUGAUCAUGACCCCAGUAGUGGACUUUCGAGGGCCGGGAUGGGGAACCUGUGGCCCACCAGGUCUUGCUGGACUCCACUCCCGUCAUCCCUGAGACAACUGGCCCUACUGGCUGAUGGGAAAUGGGGCCUAACAAGACCUGGAAAGCCACAGGUUCGUCAUCCUUGUUCUAGGGGACAACAAAGGGACGAUCUGGGCUCCAACUGGGAGAAACGGCAGCAUAGAAAUCUAAUAAAUAUAUAAAUAAAACAGACCUUGUUAGAAACUGGAGUGGAAGAGACUGUCUCUGAAUGUAACAUACAGGAAAUCUGAUUUUCAUACACCUGUGUAUACAUCAUAAUUCCUGUAGAAUUAAGGUUGUUUGCUUUUGGAUGCGUGAGUGACUGAGUGUGUGCCUGAAUUUCCAAAUCUGUAUAUUUGCAAACAUGUCACUACUACAUGUGUGUUUGAAAUCAAAACAAGUAAUUUUUCCCUAUUUAGUUCUUUUAAAAAUAGCUUUAAUUGCCUUUUCUCUUUUCUGCAAACUUUCAGGUAUUUCUAAAAAAAUUUUUUUUUAAAGGUAUUGGCUUGUAUUUGGAAGUUCUCAUUUUUGGUUGGUUGUUUAAAUCAUCCCUGCAGGUGGCUUCUUGCAUUGAAAUCUAUAUGUACCAUAUAAUAAAA